AUGGGCGUGCAAGCUGCUGUGGCGAUCGUGGCCAACAUUAUCUACGUCCCUCUCACACGUUACUUGGUCCCUGCCCGUAUUGGGUUCAUUGGUCAGAUUAUAUGUGUGGUCGUUAUUGCUGUACCUUGGAUAUAUAAUCUCUAUGCAGCUGUCUUCCUGGGCAUGUUGGUCAACAUUGGGGGUAACCUUUAUUUCGGCGGCCUACCUUACUUUAAUGCCGUCAUCUCCCCGCCGAAGAAAAGGGGGCUGAUAAACUCUCUCGUCAUUGCUAUGUCCAACGCCGGCGGUAUUUGUGGCCCACUUCUGGCCGGAGUUCUCUACGAUAUGAGUCCCGUCCAUCAUGCCUAUCCCUUCUAUAUGAGCACUGCUAUGGCUGUUAUCGGAGCAGCGUCUUGUUUUGGUAUCGAUCGCGGUAUCAAGCAUGCUCUUGAUCUACUCGAUAAGAUGCGCAUGGCCCAGAGAAAGGCUGAGUCGAGCUCCAAGAGCCUAGUGUCUUCCCCGACCACCUCCUCAGCCGCCUUUUCGACGGUGACUGCUGCCGAUAAGUCACAACAACAGCCUAGCAAUUUCGUGGCGCGUGAAGCUUGAGGCGAUGAUGUAUGUGUAUUAGACAAUACUCUUAUUGUUUAUCUUGUCCGUAUUUCUUUUCCAGUUUUCUCAUCUGGUUUUACCAUCUAGUUCGCAGCUUCGCGGCUUUUUCUUCCGAUAAUCAGUGUCGUGUCUCAA